AUGGAGCCCCUUGAUCUUAGUAUCGAUCUGGUUCGCCUGAAGGGUAAGUCGGCGCUCAUCACUGGCGGUGCAUCGGGUUUGGGAUUGGCAACAGCACAGAAUUGGGCAGCCGCCGGUGUAUACGUUACAAUUGCCGACCUCCAGCAGCCCGUGGGCACAGCCGAUAACAGUCAGAUCAACUACAUCCGGUGCGAUGUGACCAGCUGGCAGAGUCAAAUCGAGGCCUUCAAGAGUGCGCUCCGUUUCUCCCCACAGAAGUCCCUGGACAUUGUCGCUGCGUUCGCUGGAACCGCUAUAGCUCCCGGUAACCAGGUCGAUCAUGUCCGGGCGGCUGGGAUUCCCAGCUUAGAUGCUGACCCUCCAGCGCCGACGAUCCGAAACAUUGAGGUCAAUCUUAUCGGCAGUUACUAUACUUCAUGGCUAGGAUUGUACUAUCUUCGCAUUCCAGGGACACAGGCUACCGAGCCCAGCGAUAAAAGUCUGCUAUUCUGCGCAUCAAUUGGCGCAUAUAUGGACAGUCCCAAAGCGUCUACAUACCCUGCCAGCAAGUUCGGUGUGCGGGGGCUCUUCCGCAGUACUCGAGCUCAGACUCAACAGCUGGGAGUUCGAUGCAAUCUGUUGGCUCCAUGGUUUGUCGACACGCCGCUGAUAGCACCCAUCAAGAAUGCAAUGGCAGCGCGCGGUAUUGACAUGGCGAAAGUCCUGGCAUUUACGAGUAUUCAGUCUUGCGUAGACGCAGCAAAUUACUGUGUCACCAACAGCCAGUUGCACGGACGCGCAUUGGCUGUCCAGCCAGAAGGAACCUUUGACCUCAAGGAUGAUAUGGAAGAUGGAUGGGCGGGAGACCAGCUACGACCCAUUAUGCAGCGGCGGCGAGAAGCUGGAUUCGAUGCCUGA